CAUAGGUCAAAGUUCAAAGGAAAUACUUCCUUGUUGUGAAUGUAUACAAACUACAUGUGCAGGAUGUGUCCAGUGAAGAUGGCCAGUGUUCUUAUGUUUUUAGGCAUUGCCUUCAUUCAAACGUCAUUUGCUGAUGUUAGUAGUGAUGGGGUUAUCAUGCCAAGCAAGUGUGAAGUUUGUAAAUAUUUAGUUGUUGAGCUUCAGUCAAGACUUGAUGAAACAGGGAAAAAUAAAGAAGUUAUAAGAACAGGACAUGGAAUUGAUCCAGCAAAGAAAAAACAAGUGGAUUAUAGAAAAUCUGAUCUAAGACUUAUAGAAGCUAUACAUGAACCACAUGUAUGUAAAAGAAUUUUAGAGUACAAUCUACACAAAGAGAGGAAGGGGAGUCUGAGAUUUGCAAAAGGAAGAAGUCAAACAAUGGACACAUUACAUGGACUAGUUGAUAAAGGAGUCAAAGUUGAGCUUGGAAUUCCAUACGAAUUGUGGGACUCGACAUCAGUUGAAGUUGCUCACAUGCAAAGAUUGUGUGAUACAAUUGUUGAAGAAUAUGAAGAUGCUUUAGAAGAAUGGUAUUAUAACCAUCAGGAUGAGAAUUUGAUGAAUUAUCUGUGCAGAGACAGAGUUCUAAGAAAAGAUGACCAAGAAUGUCUGGCAGAAGAAUUCGUGCCAGAAUUAGAAAAAGAGGAAGAUGAAGAAAAGAAGGAAGAGGAGACAGAAAAGAAAACAAAAAAGAAAAACAAGAAGAAAAGUAAGAAGAAUAUGAAAGGUGAAGAAGGAACAACUGAGGAAGAAAAUCAGGAAGCAAAAGUUGAAAAAGAUGAAUUAUAGCUAUCUUAACACUGAUUUUUUUUUAUCAAGGAAAACCUUUUUAUAUCUAUUAUUAGGAAGGCAUUUUUUUUAAAUUUACAGGAUAAAUGUAUUAACCAUUUGGACAAAUUAUGACAAAAAAAAACAACCUUUCAGUACAUAAAUACAUGAAAUAAAAGUGUAAACACAAUCCAGAAAAAUCUAUUAUUACUUUUAUCAGUAGAACUUGAACAAAUCCUGUCACUGUGUUUCUAAAUAAAUUUUUUCUUGCAUUUACUCAUAUAUAGAAAACAGAAACAGAAUUAUAUUGUAAAAAAGUACUUUGUCAAAAUUAUGUGUAGGAGAGAUUUCUACCAGGAUAUGAGUUCUGAUGAUAAAAACAAUUGAAAAUCAUUUGACUCAUAAUUGACCAAGUGUGAAGAUUAGACUGAGAAAGGUGUUUGUUACAUUCCUGACCUUAAAAUUACUGUAAAUUUAGAAAUUAUUUUGUGCAUUUAUUAUUGCAAUUUUUGAAGGAUGGACAUAAAUGCGAGAUUAAUUUUUGCCAUUUCAGGAAAAGCUGCAUAAAGAUAUAUGCAUCAGAUAACAGAAUGCGAGUUCUUAUUAGAACGAUACUAAGUGGGUCUCAUUGGGGUCUAAGCGUGACCCGGGAUUGCCGAUUUUUUGUAAGCGUGACACGUGAAAGUCCAAUUAUUGUGCCGUGAAAACGGGAAAUGAAGUCUAGCGGGACAUGGGAAAUUACAAAAAAAAUGAGAAUUGCUUACGUACAUAGUGUAAGCGGGAUACGGGAAUCUGACAAAACAGUAAGCGGGAUCCGGGAUCAGAACCCCCCAAUGAGACCCCCUACUAACCCAGUCGUAUUAUUGGCAUUAAUAAUUUCUGAAUUUACAGUAUUGAAUUCUUAGCAUCUUAGCAGUGCAAUUAUUUUAUUACUAACCAUGAACAAAUGAAAGAGAAAAAAAUUAUAUCGUAGCUUUACUGAAAGUCUUGAUACCAAAUUGGAUAAGUGGACAAUAUUUGGUUUUCUAGAUACUAUGCAUUAAAUUUCAUUUUUUUUUUACAUUUAACAUAUGCACAAUUAGAAAAGAACCCUGUUAUAUUAUAUUUAUUAUUAUGUUUCAUUUUCCAAUCAUAAAGAUGCAUUUUCUUUAAAACUCAACUCUUGAUUUUUUUUUAUAAGUAAGAAGUAAUAGCAAUGGGAACCAGUACUGCCUCACAUAUAUGUACUUGCAUAGUGAAGAUACCUUUUAUUUGAUUUCCAACUUCAAACUAGAAAAAUUAAUUUGACACAAUUAUAUCUUUUUCAUUUGUCAAAAUGAAAUUACAUUUAUUCUCCAUUUUGCCCUGUGUCUAUUGUUGGUUUGAUUUUUUAAUGACAUUUACAUUUCAUCUCCAUAUUUUUAUUUUACAUUUUGUGAGAUGUUUUGAAGGAAAAGAAUGUAGUUUUUAUAGAAGGUAAUUUUUAUAAACUUUUUAUAUGAAUUUCAAAAUAGUUUCAAGACAAUCUAUUAUAAUAAUCAUUUAUCAGAACAACCAACUGAAGAUUAGAAAUGUAUGUGUUUGAAAACCAUGCUUGAAAUUGCUGUCAAUGAACACUUUAAUUAAAUGUAUUUCAGAAAAAAACAAAAUUUCAAAAGAUUUUGAGUUAUUGUUAAAGAAGUUUUUUGAAAAAAUUGACAAGAUUCAAACAUAAGAAAUGAGUAGAUGAUCAAAUUCCAAAUGUAUUCAUUAUUGAGGAUGGCAAUUUAUGGUAUAAAAGUAAAACUGAUAUGAAAAGGAAUUGGGUUUGAAAGUAAAUAUUAUUUAUUGUAAAAUUUCUAUGUUGUAGAUUGUUAAUGCCAUCAUAAUAUCGAUAUUUAUAUUUUAUGAUUUUAACUGGUUAGAGUGUCUUUAUAUAUUUAGUGUAUUGCUGUAUGAUCAAAAUCAUUACUGAGAACAAGAUUGUGUAUGUCAUUGACUGAAAAUGAGUAAAAUAAAUCAUGGGGUUCUAACAUUGCUUAAAUUUCAUAUAAAAAUUCAAUGAGAUUAUUUGAACAUUUAAACUUCAUAGCAUUCUGUAUGAAUCAAAUCUGAUCAUGAUUCAACUUGGUAUAUGUUAUAAGAUGUUGCUGGCAUUAAAUUGUAAAUUAUUAUCUCUUCAUUAUAGUAAAAAAAUUCAAACUUAUGCAUGGCAUUUUUUGUUUUAAAAAUACAAAAUAUAAGAUUUAGACAACAAAUUUUAAUCAAAUCAUUUUAAGACUAUUAUUAUUAUCGUCAUCAUCUCUAAGCUCCUUCCCUCAGUUCUUGCCAUAAAAAAGUAUCUUCCAAUAUUUAUUUACAAUUGUAUUUUUAAAUACUGUACUGCUAUAUGAAAUUACAUAAUCAUAACAGCGAUUUUUACAUCAUUAUUUAUUAUUGUUUUAAUGUUUUGUACAGAAUUCUUGUGUGAAAAAAACACAAUGUCUUAAAAUACGUAGAAGUUUAUAGAGAAUGUUAAGAUAUUAUUAAAGAAUUUUUGCAUUUUUCAUCUGGUAAAAUAAUAUUUUUUUCAUUUGGAAUGGUUUCAGGGGAGGUAACUUUUUAAAUUUUUAUGUAUUAUUAACAAGGAAAAAAAAUAGAGAAAUAAAACCAUUAAUUAUUUGGUUUUAGUAAAAUAAAUUGAUCAUAAAGUAUCUGAGUUGUAAUUUGUAGUAUUGUGUAUUUUGUAUAAUAGAAUUAAAUGUGAAGGGGUGUACUUCUGGUUUCUUUUAGAUCAAAAGAUUUUUAUUUUUCUAUGCAUAUGAAAUCCUAUUCCUUGUUGUACCAAUGUUGAGAUCUGAAAAUAAAUAUUUUAUCAUUGUUA